UUAAACGUGUGUACACAAUCAGACCACGAACCAGGCGACGACCAACAGCGAUCAGGCCAAUACGGAGCUAAAGAAAAACAGACGAAAUACAAAUAAAUUAAAAAAUACAAUCUUUUGUGCGAAACCGGUGAAAAGUUGAAAAUAUUUUCCACAGAAAAGUGCGACGAAGUAGUGAAUACAAGUACAUACAUACUUACAUACAUAUGUACAUUGCAUGUUUAUUGCGAAAUUCUUGACAAUGCCUGUGUGUGGGGAUUUUAGAUUUUCAUAAUUCAGUGGAACUUCUCGACCUACAGCAACAAUCAAAAGACCCCAAAACUGAACUGAACUAAACUGUUUUUUGAAUAUAAAAAAAUAGAGAAAACUUUUAAUUAAAAAACAUCGAAUUGUGACAAAGGUAUUCGUAGACGUGUGCUGUGCUGGUGGUGUCGCGGAGUGUCAACGCUUUGGCACACGCGGUCUCACACUUUCGCCGCGUUGGUCACUUCCCGUCCACGCCGCUGAAUCAUCCGUCUAAAUUCUGUCUGUGUGCGCAGCGUCUUUUCGCAGAAAUAUUGAACGCAAAUCGCAAACUAGAAUUUGAAAAUCACGCCGCCGUGCGAGCAGCAUAGUUUCCGACAAAAUUUUGUCUCCAAAUUUCAGAACAAAAACGCAUUAAAAUAUAAGGCCAAAAUGACGAAAGAGCAAGCAACCGCAAUACCAGAAGAGCUGUACAAUCUCACACAGUUGGCUGAGGUCACGCUGGCUGCCGGACGACUUAGCACAACUAAUAUCACAGAAAUUAAAGACUACAUAAAACGCCACAAGGCAUUGGAGUAUCUUGCUGAUGAGACAACCGCCCCGAAACCUGCCUACGUUCCUCAAAUAUCAGAACCCACAAGUGUGAUAGCAAAACCUUUCACCAGCGUAAACACUGACUCCGGUAAUGGCUUGUGGCACACAAACCAAGAGUUCAGUGCCAAAAACCAACGUUACGACAACACAGAGUUUCAGAAUAACCAAACGGAUCAUCAUAGUUGUAAUUCCUCAUUAACAGUGCCACGGACCGCAUUCUAUUCGUCCUCCGAUGAUGAUUCCAACUACUACAGCCACAAGGUAUUUGAUCGGAAGAAGUUGCGUCGCUCUACAAUUUCCGAUCACUCACGAUACGAUGAGCACUCGUGCAGCAGCUUGCCUAGCUGUAGUAGUGACGAACAUUUCAUGGGCUCCUCAAGUAAUUCGAGCAACUCAGAGGGCAGCAAGUUGAGCGAUGGUGCCGACAGCAGUGCCCGUAGCGUUAAUUUACUCGACGAUGAACACAUAUGUCCGGAAUGCGGCAAGAAGUACUCGACAUCGUCCAACUUGGCAAGGCAUCGACAAACACACAGGUCAAUCAUGGACAAGAAGGCGCGACGAUGUCCGUACUGUGAGAAGGUCUACGUCUCAAUGCCCGCCUUCAGCAUGCAUGUGCGCACACACAACCAGGGUUGCGAAUGUCAGUACUGCGGUAAAUGCUUUUCACGCCCGUGGCUGUUACAAGGUCACAUACGGACCCAUACCGGUGAGAAACCCUUCAAGUGCAGCGUUUGCAACAAAGCUUUCGCGGAUAAAUCCAAUCUGCGCGCUCACAUACAAACCCAUUCGAAUACGAAGCCACACACCUGCGCCCGCUGUGGCAAGGCGUUUGCACUAAAGUCCUAUCUGUACAAACACGAGGAAUCUUCGUGUAUGAAAAACCAUCAACGUAACGGCGAACGCGGUGAAGCGCGCACAAUCAGAAAUGCAGCAAAUGCGACGAACGCCCCUACCGUUAAAAGCCUGAAUACGCACUCGUUGACGGACACUGCUAAGUCCACGUUAGCCACAAAACUAUUGCAAAAAGAAAAGGAUCGACGUCAAGCCGGCACACUCAUCUGUGGUGAAAUUCUGCCCGAAACCAUCCACAAGCCACUUGAAAUCACCACCAUUUUGACGCUAACCGACAACAACUGCACGAUGAAGACGAAUGUGGCGCAGGAAAAGUCAUAUACAAUGCUGACAAGCCCCAUGUCUCAGGAAGAGUAUGAGCGUUUUAAGCGCAUCAGCGUCAUACAGACGGCAACACCAAGUGAUAUUGUCUACCGCGACCAUGCUAUCGGACCCAUUGGCAUUGCUAAUGCGGCCACGCACAUGCCCUUACAAUAUUGUAAUGCGGGUAAUGAGCCUCCACAACAGGUACAAGAUCAACCGGUUGACUUUUCGCCAAAAAAUAAUUUUACACAUUCGACAAAGACCAGCCCUUUUGAGUUGACCGGCAAUUAUGCAAUCUUGGCUUAGUGAAGAGGCACGUAAACGUUGAAAAUAGUUCAAAAAGACAAUGACAAAUUUGAAAAAGUUAGACUGUUGGUAUGUAUGAAAACUCUGGAGCUCCACUACGGAUGUGGCCAGAUUCAGAGGUUAAAAUAUUACAUAGAAAAGACGUGAAUGUUACGGAUUGAUUUUGAUAAAAAAAGUAAAUUUCGUAUUUUAUGGAAUGUAUCGCGCUCGCCGUCAAUUGCUAACAAAGUUCUAAGCAAGAUGCUCAUAAUGCAACAACCAGGUAUGAGGGGUUACAUGGGUAUCCUCGGGUAAAAACAGCCUUUUAUCAACAGUUUUUUCUCAUAUAAAAACUGAAACAUUUUGUUAGUUUUUUUAUUGCUACGUAUACAAACAUACACUAUUAGCAAAGAGGUUCUUAAAUUUUUGGAAAAAAAAUAUUUUAAAUUCGGCCAUUGUGACGCCAUUUCUGGUGACCCCUCGGAAAAAAGAUGCGCCCGCGUUGGUGAGAUAACCCUUACAGGAUCAUCUAAAGUGAAAAAAAUACUUGUUUUAGUUAAAAUCUUAACUUAGAACUUGGACGAAAGAAAGAAACUGAAAAUUGGAUUUUUGGCAGACAUUUUUCGUCCAAGUCUUUAAGAAUUGUAUCUCAAAGACCUAUGCAAAAUUUCAUGUAGAUCGGUUAAGUAGUCCUCGAGAAAUCUUGCCAAUCAACUUCAAAAAUACGCUUUCAAGAAAAACGCGUUUCAAGACGACACUAGCCUCGAGCGUAAAAGUUCUCAAGGACAAUUGAAAAUUAGGACAAUAUUCUAGAGGUAUUGUAAAAUUUAAUAAUACAAUAAAAACAGCGUUUUUUUUUAAAUUAGUAAACCUAUGUAACCCCAUAAUGAAGAGAACGUAAAUUAAGUCGAAUAAGAACUUUGAAAGAGUCCCACAAAGUUAUAGAAUUUGUUGAAGUCCUCUUUAAUUAACUGACUAAAUUAUCGUAAAAAUUUAAAAGAUUUUAAAAAUUGAUUUUGAAAUCUUAGAUUAGCAAGGUUCACCUUACCUACAACCACUAAAAGGUGGACCUUGCUGAACGCGAAGAGUUCCCCAUGACCUCCUUCAAUUGUUGCUUAGAACUUUGUAAGCAUUGGAAAUGGCGAUACUUAUUGGACUAAACACAAUAUAAAUCAAGAAACAAAUAUGUUAAAAAAAUGGUUUAACUGAAAAAUAUAUACACUUGUAGUUUAGUAGAACACUGAAGAAAACUGAUUGUGAUAAUUAUAAAAAGAUUAGUCUUAGCUCAUUACAAACUACGCCAUAAGCAAACAAAGUGGCAGCACUUGUAAUACAAAAAAAUCACUCAAAUUGUUUAAUACUAUAAAUAUAUUAUUUUACAAAAAAAUAAACAAAAAAGUAUCAUAUAUAUUGGAAUUCAUAGACGUAAAAUUGUAUAUGUGCGGUUAGUUUAAGAAUCCUUUUGUAUAUAUUUAAUCAUAAGAUUAUUAACACAGUGACUUAAAAUGUGUAUUUACCGUUAAAAAUAUUACGCUGUUUGAAUGGUGAACAAAGCGCAAACCAAUUUUCUUACACUGAAACUCAAAACCGCGGCAAGAAAAUAAUAUUUUAAUAUAAAUAUUUACUAGUUAACAAACGGUCAAUAUACUCAAAUAAUCAAAAUUAAUUUUUAUGCAUAAAUUGUUCAAACAAUAAGAUAAUAAUUAUAACUAAAAGAAUUUAUUAUCGUCUGAAAACCUAACGAACACCAAGAAUCCCUAACCUAAAAUAAAUAAAAUUACAUAUUUGGCAAAAAGCGAAAUGCAACUUUGUGCUGCAACUGCGCUGUUCCCAAUAUUCUACAAAUUUAUUUAUUUUCAUUGUGACAAGAAAGUACGCGGAAGUUGCAAAUAAAACCCAAAUUUUUAAUUAUUCAUCAAUAUUUAUUUUGUUUGUAGCCUUCAAAAAGUCCCCGGGGGACUUUUUCCAGUCCUCGAAACACUUUUCAUAAGCACUUUCUGAAAUGGCCUUCAGCUCCUUCAGCGAAUUUUAUUUUAUCUCCUCGAUCGACUGAAAACGCAUUCCACGGAGCGGCAAUUUCAGUUUGGGGAAUAAGAAAAAAUCGUACGAAGCCAAAUCUGGUGAAUACGGAGGUUGAUCGAUGGUAUUCAUGGUGUUUUGGCUUUAAAAUCUUUCACAAUCAUGGCUCGAUGAGAUGGUGCAUUAUCAUCGUGUAAAAUUCAUAAUUUUUUUUCCACAAUUCCGGCAGCUUUCGACGGAUAUUCUCAAGCAAACGCCUUAAAACGGCCAAAUAGAACUUCUUAUUGACCGUCUGUCCUCCGGAACAUAUUCUUGAUGCACCAAAACAGGAAUAUCGAAAAAUUAAUGAUCGUCACCUUGAUUUUUGAGCGGCUUUGGCGUGGUUUUUUUGGUUUGGGCUGACCUUUUUUCCCUCCAUUCCAAUAAUUGUUGAUUUGUUUGCAUGUCAAACUCAUAAGCCCAUGCCUCAUCGGG